CGCGUAUGCCAUUAAUAAGUGGUUUAAGUAUAAUAAUUUUAUAAUAAUUUGUUAAAUAUUCUGCUUUAAAUGAUGUUACAAUUUCCUAAACUUAAAUUAAGUAAUUCGCAUUUGUGCAAGUUAUUUGCAUUUUUUUUUUUGGUAACAAUCACCAAAUUUCCAUUCAAGGUUGAUUUCGCAUCACGUGUUGAAAUGUGUUCUAUAUUUACCCUAUUUGGUAUGUAUACGAUAUUUGCUCGACAUGCCGCCUAAUGAAUCUUUAUUUGGUUAAAUAGAAUGUAUCGGUGAAGAAUACCCUACCCUGUAAAUCGUUGCAUAUAGUCCGAGAUGCAAUCUAACAAUCACUAUACCUUCAAUUUGUUAAAGUUUGUUGUGUCAUCUAGUUCACGAUUUCAAGUUUAUGGUAUGUUUUCAUACAGUCCUUUCAAUAUCUUGCUAUGCGCCUUCAUAGUAAGUCAUAUGUCUAUGGACGUAUCUUGUGCAAGUGAUAAUAAGGGCUCUUAUAUGUUCAAUUAUGUAAUCGACACUGGAGGCAUACUGAGUCAACAGACAGAAGAAUCGCACAACAAUGUUGUUCUGGGAUCUUACAGCUUUUUACAACCAGAUGGCAGAAUAAGGGUGGUCCGAUAUAAAGCUGACGCAAAAAAGGGAUUCAUAGCCGAUAUAAAAUACAGAAAACUGUUUCUUAACAAUAAAGGACCAUUAAGAUUUCCAAGAGAUUUUAUGUAUCCACUCAGACUGGCAGAUCCAGUUAGUAUUAUACCAAGACAUUUUUUUGAAUCUCUUCAUAAUCAAAAGAAGUUUCAUGGUUGAGAAAAAAAUUUGAAAAUUGUUAAAAAAAAAGGCUAGUGUUGAAGUGUAUAAUAAUUAUUUGUAAAUAUUUUGUACUUUUUGUGUAAUAUGUGUC